AUGCAAUCCUACCAAGAUACCUUGAUCCCAUCGCCCUCCAACAUCACCACCAUGCAUCUCACCAACACCCUCGUCCCCUUCCUCCUCGCUCUCGCAUCCCCAGCCCUAGCAGCCGAAGGCGUCAUCUCCAAAGACGGUCUCGGCACCGCCAUCGGUGGAGCUCUCGACCCCACCGUCACCCCGGCCCCUAAACCUGCUGUCGGCGCAGCACCAGCAGUUGCCGGCCCCUUGACCAUCGCCGUCACCAACUCCUUCGGUGCCGGCUUAUCGAUCUCGUUCCAGCACGACUCUGGCAGCCCAAGCGCCAUCAAUAACCCCACGCCUGGCCCUCUCGGCGGCGCGACGACCAUUAUCUACCCAAGUGGCUGGGCCGGCCGCAUUGCCGUCGGCAAGGUCAUGUCCGUAAUCAACAGUGGUAGCAAGAUCGAAGGCAGUUUCAGCCCGCCUACGUAUCAGCCGAACAUCGACGUCAGCUACGUCGAUGGCUACACGAUCCCCAUGACGUGCUCCUGCGGCGGCUCCGUCGUGACGGGCUGCAACCACCCCCUCUUCGCCGACGGCAUCACCUGCGCCAACGAAGGUCCCGGCCCCAUUUGCUACAACCCCCUCUCCGCCAGCAACCAAGCCGAGGGAACGGCAGCGGCGCCGUUCUUCGAGCCGUGCCAGGGCGCCGCGUAUACGUAUCCGAACGACAGCGGCUGCAACGUCAACUACGUCAGCUGUUGCGUGGGCACCCCAAGCACCCAAACGCCCCCAUCCGAAACCGGCCACGCAGCAAACUCCCGGCUACAAACACCCCUCCCUCCUUCACAAACGCACUCCCCACUUCUCCGAGAAAACCCCACACGGGGCUCCAAAAUGCCCUGUAUCCCCAACCCCGAUCCGAUCGAUCGCGUGAUUCCCUCCCUCCCUCGCAAGGGAGCCCGAGUGGGGGAUGCGGGGCGGCCCACACGCUGCGCCGAAAGGGGGUCGUUCCGCCGCCUGACGACGAUGUGGGAUCCGGCCGGGUUUUCUUGA